AUGUAUGCUGUGACUGGUAGUGAUGAGGAUGACUGUUACCGGUGUUUCCCGCCCGACCCGGGCAUUGGUACUGCCGCGUCAGGUACUAGUGCAGCUGCUGCUCUAGGUGCCAGUGCGUCUGUGCUUUCAGGUACUGGUGAGUCCGCCCUCUCAGGUACUGUGUCGGCUUCGGCCUCUCACACCUUCACCCUUGACUCUGGAGCGUCUCGCUCCUUCUUUAGGGACCGCACCACUCUCACGCCGCUGAGUCGGCCGGUUGCGGUGUCCCUGGCGGACCCCUCUGGGGGGCCUGUCCUGUCUCGCUUCUCCCUGCGUCUUCCUCGGGACGUCACGUUCGACGAGUCGGUACCCUACUACCGCCUCUUCCCCUACCGCACUCCGUCCCUCUCACCCCCCCCCCUCUUCUUGGUACCAGGUCCCCCCCCAGUAGUCCCCCUCCCCCCUCAGGGUCCUGCCCCUUCAGGUGUGUCUCAGGUAGACGCGGUCGAGCCUGUCGAGGUCACUGGUGACUCCGGUGCUGCUGCGGGAGCUGAGCCUGGGGGUGCGGAGUCUAGGGGUGCUGAGCCUGGGGGUGCGGAGUCUGGGGGUGCUGAGCCUGGGGGUGCUGAGCCUGGGGGUACUGUGCCUGGGGGUGCUGUGUCUGGGGGUACUGAGCCUGGGGGUGCUGAGCCGGGAGGUGCCGAGCCUGGAGGUGCUGUGCCUGGGGGUGCUUCGUCUCACCGGGAGCCGCUCUCUCCACAGGAGCUGCGUGAGUGGUUUGCCCGGCGCUGGAGGCGUGCCGCUGGUGCUGGUGGUUCUUCGGCUGCGGAGGGCGCUGCUGCCACGCGACCUGGCGGUGCUCGUCCUGUGGGUGCUGGAGCUGCUGGGUCUGAGUGUUCUCCUGGAGCUGGUCCUGCUGAGGACGUUGGCGCUGAGCCUGCGGUUGGUGGUCCGACUGACGGUGCUCCUGGUGCUGCUGCUGGAGGUUCUGGAGCUUCUGGUGGUUCUGCUGGAGGUGCUGCUGGAGUGGGUGCUCCUGCCGGGGGUGCUGGUGCUGUUCCUGCUGUUUCUGGCGUCGCCGCGCGGCCUCGACCGUACUUCGUUCCGCUCCUGCAGCAGGUUCUUGGUCUUACACCUCCUCCUCCUUCCUUAGAGGGUCCGCAGCCUGUCCGGUCACAGCCACAGCUACAGCCUGCCUCCCCUUUGCCUGCUCCUUCUCCCUACGCUGGUCCGACUGGAGGUCUUACUGAGCGUCGUGAGCCUGCGUCUCGUCCUGCGUCGCCUGUUCGUACUGAGCGCGCUAGUGGUCGCGGGUCGCGUCAGCGUCCUCCUCCUGUCCCUGGCACGCACCGGAUGUCACUGCGUCCGUCCACUGCUCCUCUGCGUGCCCCUUUGCCUUCUCCUCCUGCUUCCUCUCUUCCUGCUCUUGCCGACCCGGAGUCGGACUCUCUUCGUGCUGCCAGUCCUACUGUCACGCGUCUCCUUGCUACUGCUGUCACUGACCCUUCCUUCGAGUCGUCUGCUGCGUCUGCUCUUGUCACUGAGCUUGUCGACUUUGCUGCGCGCUGUCGUCUAGACUACGCUGCUCGUCUUGUCGCUGAGUCUGAGUCCGCCUGUCCUCCGUCCGUCGGGGGUGAGUGUGCCCUUGGCACGGACGUCCUAGAGGACAGGCAGGAGGAGUUCCAGUGUCUAGCCGCUGCUUCACCUCGUCUCGCGUCUGUACUGCUAGCCCCUGAGGGAGACCCGGAUGCACUAGACAUCCCGACUCCGCGUUCUUACGCGGAGGCCGUAGAGGGUCCCUACUCCUCUCAGUGGCAGGCAGCUAUGGAUGCAGAGAUGGCUUCCUGGAAGUCCACAGGCACCUACGUUGACGCGGUUCCCCCUCCUGGGGCGAACAUCGUCAGUGGCAUGUGGAUCUUCAGGGUGAAGCGGCCGCCGGGCUCGCCGCCUGUCUUCAAGGCGCGUUACGUGGCUCGUGGCUUCAGUCAGCGGCAGGGAGUUGACUACUUUCAGACCUUCUCUCCCACCCCGAAGAUGACCACUCUUCGGGUGCUGCUGCACAUUGCCGCUCAGCGCGACUACGAGCUUCACUCUCUCGACUUCAGCACUGCGUUCCUGCAGGGUAGCCUGCACGAGGAGAUCUGGCUGCGCCGUCCGCCUGGCUUCACUGGGACUUUCCCUCCUGGCACCCAGUGGAGCCUCCGACGGCCAGUCUACGGUCUCCGCCAGGCACCGCGUGAGUGGCACGACACACUGAGGACUACGCUUGCGGCUCUUGGGUUUGCUCCUUCUACUGCUGACCCGUCGCUGUUUCUUCGCACCGACACUUCCCUGCCGCCGUUCUACAUCCUCGUGUACGUCGACGACUUGGUCUUUGCCACAGCGGACACUGCUGGACUCGCCUACGUGAAGUCCGAGCUGCUGAAGAGACACACGUGCACAGACCUGGGUGAACUGCGCAGCUACCUUGGCUUGCAGAUCACUCGGGACAGAGCACGCCGCACCAUUACCCUGACUCAGUCACACAUGGUGCAGCAGGUCCUUCAGCGCUUCGGCUUCACGUACUCCUCGCCUCAGGCCACUCCUCUGCCUACUCGCCACUCACUCUCAGCUCUGCCUUCGGAUGAGUCCGUAGAGUCGAGUGGUCCGUAUGCAGAGCUUGUUGGCUGCCUCAUGUACCUGAUGACCUGCACUCGACCUGACCUUGCAUACCCUCUGAGCAUCCUUGCACGCUAUGUUGCUCCUGGGAGACACCGACCAGAGCACAUGGCUGCAGCGAAGAGGGUAUUGCGCUACCUGUGCAGUACGUCGGGCAUGGGGCUAGUGCUUGGAGGGCGGAGUCCAGUGGUCCUUACUGGGCACGCAGACGCUUCUUGGGCUGACGACCAGGCUACGCAGCGGUCGUCACAGGGUUACACCUUCAGCCUUGGUUCCGGCUCUGUCUCGUGGCGGUCUACUCGCUCGUCUUCGGUUCUCGGCUCCAGUUGUGAGGCUGAGAUCUACGCCGGGGCCAUGGCUGCACAGGAGCUUCGCUGGCUCACCUACCUGCUGACUGACCUUGGAGAGCUGCCUCGUUCUCCUCCAGUGCUGUACGUAGACAACAAGGCCAUGUUGGCCUUGUGUCGAGAGCAGCGCUUGGAGCACAGAACGAAGCACAUUGCUCUCCGCUACUUCCUUGCUCGUGAGCUGCAGCAGCGUGGUCAGUUGCGACUUGCUUACGUGGCCUCUGAGGCCAACACUGCUGAUGUGUUCACCAAGGCACUUGCGCCUUGCGACCAUCAGCGCUUUUGUACCCAGCUGGGUCUUGUACCUGUCUUGCCUCACUUGCUCUCUUCUUGA